CCCGUGCUCUUCCCUCCUCGGGGACUAAUUGUGCAAGUAAGGACCGGACGUCCCCCUCCUAAUCAGCACGGUAAAGACGGCGCUGAACAUCAUCCUCGACCUCUUAUUCCUCUCCAACGUCCGCGUCGGACAUGCGGAUGUAGACGUAAACACCCAAGCCGUCAUCCGCCUCUCCUUCAGGAGCUCUAGCGGGGAUAUGCUAUUUUAUGUACGAGACGAGAAAAUUAUGGAUCCACAGACCAGAAGGUGAAGUUGGGUCCAGGAAGCCCAGUGUGCUGGCACUGGUAACGUUGGGUAGGCAGGGGUGGUAUACGUUUGUUGAAUCUUGUAUUAGGAAUGUGCUGUAUUUGUGGCUGAUUUCGGGGAUUGUGGCGAUGGGGUCUGAUUAUGCUACGGCCUGGGGUGUGUUCAACACCAUCCGCUGGGGACUUGUAAUGGUUCCCGUUCAGGCGCUCGAGGCUACGUCUUCUACCUUCGUAGGACACGCAUGGGGUGCCUGGCGACAUAAAGUUGGAAUCGAUACUCGAAAGCCAAAAGCUUCAAAGAGAGAUAUCCGCACGAUCAUGAAACCCGCCAUCAUAUCUGUCGGUGUAGCCCUUCUGAUCGAAAUCCCCCUCUGCUUCACAAUGUCCCUAUGGGGCACCCAACCAUUCGCCCGCUAUCUCUCCGGCUCCGAUAAAGUGGCCGGAAUAACUGAGUACAUGUGGCGGACUAUAGACUGGUGCUACAUAUUCUAUGCCGUCUCCACACAGCUCGCCAGCAUCCUCCUGGCGACCCGACCGCGCUGGUACCUUGGCCAAUCCCUCGUUUCAAAUCUAUUCUGGGUAUUGCCCUGGGCGAUUGUGGUAGAGGUCAUUGGACUAAACAAGGACACGGCGUGGAAAUGGCAUGCGAUCAUCUUCGGAGGCAGUUUGGUAGUCAGCUUUGUUAUUAUCCUAGUCGUUCUGGGAGCAUGGGCGUGGAGGUUAAUGAGUGGGAGGAGCAGGCUUUCGCCGGUUUAUUUGGUUGUGGGGUGA